AAGCUUAUUAGCUGCAGGCGGCAGAGGUAGCUAGGCACCGGCCGCCGGAGACACAAGCUAGUGGCCGGAUCGACGACGAUGGGCAGGCCGCCGUGCUGCGACAAGGUGGGGAUCAAGAAGGGGCCAUGGACGCCGGAGGAGGACAUCGUCCUGGUGUCCUACAUCCAGGAGCACGGCCCCGGCAACUGGCGCUCCGUGCCCAUCAACACGGGCCUCAUGCGCUGCAGCAAGAGCUGCCGCCUCCGCUGGACCAACUACCUCCGCCCCGGCAUCCGCCGCGGCAACUUCACCCCCCACGAGGAAGGCAUCAUCGUCCACCUCCAGUCCUUGCUCGGCAACAGGUGGGCCGCCAUUGCUUCUUACCUCCCGCAGAGAACCGACAACGACAUCAAGAACUACUGGAACACCCACCUCAAGAAGAAGCUUCAGAAGCAGCAAGCCAUCGGCGCCAUCUUCGCGCCACCACCUCCGCCCUCCGAAUCUCCCAUCAUACCGGCGGUAGUACCCACCGCCACCACCGGCAGCCAUGCUGAUUGCCAUCACGAUGACAUGAUGACCCUCUCCAAGGACAGCUACGGGCGCCCAGCCAGCAGCACACCAGCUCCGGCUGAUGAGGUCACCCAAUUCAUCGGCCUGUGCUCGCCGCCGUUCGCUGCCACCAAUGGUGACACCUUCUCGUCGCCGUACGCCUCCAGCAUGGACAACAUAUCCAAGCUGCUCAACGGCUUCAUGAUGAAGAGCUCCCCGACACAGGAUGACGCUGCUACCAAUAUCAAGCCCUCCUCGGUCAUCGACAUCAACCCUUUCGAUCACAAGUCCGGCGGUGCACUCUCCGACGACGUGCCACUGCUGAUGCCACCACCGCAGCAGCAGCAGCAGCAGGCAUUGGCGGGACACGGCGGUUACCACAAGCCCAAGCUGCAGCAGCUGUCCUCCAUAGAGAAGUGGUUGUUCGACGAGGCCGCCGAGCAGGUCGUCGACCACCAGCUGAUGGAGAUCUCCGACGGCUGUUGCUCAGUUCCCAGCUUGCUGCUUUAGCUCCAAGAGAAAGAAGCGAACAUGGUAGCCGAUACAAAUGAUCCAAUUGGGUAGGUUAAUUUGUCGGUGCAAGUUACUUUAGGAGAAUUUUACUUUACUAUAUAUAUAUAUACGUUUUAUCUUACACAAGCAUGAGACAAGAACAAUACAUGCAUAGUUAAUUAGUCAAAACUCCCAAGUGAGAGGCACCACCAUCUAGUUAGUGACAUGAUACUUGUGGUAGAUAGUUUGACACUGCUAAUCACAAGUCAGAAAAAUAAGAACAAGUAUAAGGGCUUGGCUAGUUAUUAGCUGGAAAAUUAGCAUAAAUUAGCUACAGUUGGCCAACUAGUUGGGUAAUAACUAGUUGAAGGCUUGGCUAAAAAUUAGCCCACAUAUUAGUCAUCUGUCCUGCUUGGAUGGGCUGGGAAUAAUUUUACCUGGCUAACAAUUAUCCCUUGUAACCCAAUAGGCUCUAAUAAAGGGUUGUAAGUAGACUUUAUGCUUGAGAUGUAGGAGAGAGAAGAGAAGUGAUAUGUAAGUUUACAACCAGCUAGGGCUGUAAAUGUACAUCCAGCCAGCAGUGGUUGUA